GAUGAGGGGUACCUGCAUCUCCUCUCAGUUGCGAUGCCUGGGCUUGUUUAACUUAGCUUGUUUUAAGCCUCCUCCAGCUGCGCUGCGCGGAUUGCUCAUCCCAAGGGGAUAUGUGAAGGUUUACAAUGUGAGAGGUAUCGAGCAGGAAACACAGGUCAUAGAGAGGGAAUGCAGGAUAGGGGGGUAACGAGAGUAAACCUUAGGGUCGGAGGCAGAGGUUGUCAGAUUGAAGCACUGUUUCUGGG